AUGUACCAGCGGGUCUUCUGUGAUACACCUGCCAUCAAAGCAUACGGACUCAGCUUUCGACUGUGGAUGCGCAUCUUGAUGACACUCGUUGUCGUUACGUUCGUUGCGACCUUCAUCGUGGGCAUAUUCUCUUGCACCCCGAUUCAGUAUAGCUGGGACAAGUCCUUGAAGGGCCACUGCGUUGAGACGAUUCCCUGGUGGUAUACGUACGCGACGUUGAACAUGCUCACGGAUAUCAUGAUUCUCGCGCUACCCAUACCGCUGAUCAAUGGACUGAUGAAGAUCACGAAACGGCAGAAGUAUGUGCUGAUGGGAAUCUUCCUACUGGGAGCUUUUGUCUGCGUGGUCACGAUUGUACGAAUGACGACCCUGAAGACUGGCGCAACAGGCAAAGACUCCACAUACACUGGCAGCGCAACCCUUAAAUGGACCGCCGUGGAAACAAACGUGGGCAUCAUAUGCGCCUGCUUGCCACUCCUCCGGCCAAUCCUCAACAAACUCAUCCCAUGGUUCGCGGAAAGGUCACGCGAUCCUGGUCCUCGCACUGGCUAUGUAAUCAGCAGCGUGAACACGAUGAGCACAGGGCUCAGGACUAUCGACAGUUCGAAGCACAGUGAGCCAUGGAGUCAGUCGGAGAAGCAUGAAGGCACGCUGGAUCAAAUCUCUGAACAGGAUCCGUCUAGUAGAAACAAUAGCGUGGUGUAUGGUGGGUUCGGAGGGAUUAGGAAGACGACUGAAAUCGAACUUCAUGAAGAAAAUGAGCGACAGGAUCAUUCGGAAAGCGUCAAAGACGACAAGCAUGGGUAUAGACGAUCUAGCGAGCAUAUGACAAUUAACCAAACCCCAGGAAUCUGCGGCCUCCUCCUCGCCCAAGGCCUCCAAAAACACCACAUCCCCUACACCAUCUACGAAAAAGAGUCCACGGCCGGUCGUUCCCGCGACUGGGGAAUGGCGUACUUCUGGUCUGCAGACUACCUUCCCUAUUUAUUGCCUGUGGAGCUGGUGGAUCGAUUACCGGAAGCGCAGGUCGAUCCAGUCUACAAGGCGCAGCCGGUGGAGAAUAUGACGGUUACGAAUGGGAGGGAUGGGAGUACGAUUAAGGUCGUGCCUAGUCCUGGGGGCAGGAGGGUCGCGAGGAAGGCGUUGAGGAGGUUGCUUGGGGAGGGGGUGGAUGUUAAGUACGAUCAUAAGUUGGAGAGGAUAGAAUUUGGCAACGACGGAACAGUAACAGCAUUCUUCCAAAACGGCGCCUCAGAAACAGGAACCCUCCUCAUCGGCGCCGACGGCGGCGGCUCAAUCGUCCGUCGUUCCCUCCUCGGCCCCCUCGCAGAACCAAAACCUCUCCCCGUCUACAUGGCCAACUUCAACGUCCGCUACCGCAACCCCGAGCACGCCAUCUUCAUCCGCUCGAAACUUCGCCAUUUCGUCGACCACGGCAUUCACCCCAAGGGCAUGUUCUUCCUCAUGACGAUGCAGGGCGUUCCCGAUCCCAAAAGGCCGGAGACAUGGAGUUUCCAGAUCACGCUCACUUGGCCGCCUGAGUUGAGUCCGGAUAAGGAGGAUCCUGAACCACCGCAUUCGUUGAGGGAUUUGCAGGAUUUGACGAGGGAUUGGGCGAGUCCGAAGCGCGAGGCUUUGGAAUGGCUUGGUGAUGCGGAUGUUACUGUGACGGAUGGGUUCUUUGGACGGAAUGGUGAGCACACAACCACUGCAGGACUUGACGCCGACGAAGACCCCUGGCGUCUUAUCAUCCCUAGCGACCGAGUGUCUGUCUGGAUACCAGUACCCUGGGACAACCACUCAGGUCGAACGACACUAGUCGGCGACGCAGCACACGCCAUGACGUUCCAUCGAGGCCAGGGUCUGAAUAACUGUAUCCGCGACGCCAAAGAGCUCGUUUCCAGACUCGUACAACACUCGAAAGGCGAAGUGAGUCUGAAGGAAGCUGUGAACGAGUACGAGAAAGAAAUGAUCGACCGAGGCACAGCAGAGGUCAAGACAAGCAUGGAGCAAACGCUCAAAUGCCACAACUGGGAGACAUUUCAGCAUUCGCCGGUCAUGAAGAUUGGGGGCAGUCCCAUCCGGGCGGUGGAGAAUGAGGGCUGGAAGCAGAUUUUGCGGGAACAGGGGUCGCAGGUGUAG